GUCGCGUUUCGUAGAAUGACGGAUGAGAGAGGAGGCGAUAAAACGAGCGCGCGAAGUGAUUCCGGAAUUUCGCUCUCUUUCGCCCAUUGAGGGAUCUACGGAUUAUGUGAGUGUCCUUGUCAAUGGUCGCCUUUGUUCGGUCAUAUCGAGAAACUGCGGGAAUUCUCACAGUGGACCAUGACCACUGCCAUGAAGGGGCUCGUGCGCAACGUGACGUCACGGCGCCUUCUCGCUAUCGUCUUUUCGUUGAUCCUGUGCAACCUGAACGUCGUCCAAGCAGCGCGCGGAUUUCGUCACAGCUUCAAACAGGUUCCAAGAGGAACGUACCAUCAUCGUUCAGUCCUCAACAAAAACUUGAAAAAUGGCGGUCUCUUUCCGUCUACGUUCAACGUCGCCGCGAAAGCGGACAUCUUCGUAAACGCGACAUGCGGCGAGGAGGGCCCGGAGACCUUUUGCAAGCCCUCGGAGUCGUCGAGGUGCGCCGUUUGCGAUUCUAGGAGUCCUGAUCCUGGCAAGAGGCACAACAUCAGCAACGUCCUCGAUCCGAAUCCUGGCAGAUGGUGGCAGAGCCCUACGUUGGCGAGAGGCGAUCACUACGAAUACGUGACGAUACUCCUGGAUCUGAAACAGAUCUAUCAAGUCGAGUACGUGAUAGUGAAGGCCGCGAAUUCGCCGAGACCCGCGGCCUGGAUCCUGGAAAAGUCCUUGGACGGCAAGAGCUUUCAACCGUGGCAGUAUUACGCACCGAGCGACGAAGAAUGUUGGACGAGAUAUUCGGCACCGCCUGUCGCGGGCAAGCCCGUGUACGACGACGAGGUCAUAUGCGCGAGUCAGUACUCCAGAGCAAUCCCCAUGGAAAAUGGCGAGAUCCACACGUACCUGGUGAGCGGUCGGCCCGGAGCUGUGAAUCACAGCACGGCUCUGCAGGAAUUCACUCAAGCAAGAUACGUGCGACUACGUUUUCAGGGCCUUCGACGUAGCGGCGAGGCAUUCGCCGACAAAAGACGUGCCUUUUACUCGAUAAAGGAAAUCAACAUCGGAGGACAGUGUCUUUGCUCGGGACACGCGUCUCGUUGUCUUUACAGCGUUCAUCACGGGCAUCAGGAAUGCCAAUGCGAGCGCCACACGUGCGGCGAAAGAUGCGAAAAAUGCUGCCCCAUGUACAAUCAGAUUCCUUGGAGGCCCGGCACAGCUGGCAAGGGCUUUCACUGCGAGAUGUGCAAUUGCAACGGCCACGCAACGUCCUGCAUAUACGACCAGGAAGUGGCCGACAGGAGAAUGUCCAUGGAUAUCCGUGGGAAAUAUCGAGGCGGUGGCGUGUGCGUCAAUUGCACGGAUCAUACGGCUGGUAUUAAUUGCGAAAAGUGUGAGAGCGGCUACUACAGGCCAAAUGGCGUUGCGCCUGAUGCACCAGAACCAUGCUUGCCCUGUGAUUGCAAUGUACAUGGUAGUACAGGCUACUGCACUCCUGACGAUUCCUACACGCGUAUGGGAAAGGUAGCAGGCGCCUGCGAGUGCAAGCCGGGAUAUUCGGGAUACAAGUGCAACCAGUGCGCAGCCGGUUAUCGACAAUUUCCCGACUGCAUGCCGUGUCCCUGCGAUCCCCGCGGAAUUUUGCCGUCUCACGAUUGCGAGGGCGACUGUUUGUGCAAGACGAACGUCGCCGGGGACUUUUGCGAUCGAUGCAAAUCGGGAUACUUCGCGCUCACGAAGGAUAACCUCGAUGGCUGCUUGCCCUGUUACUGCUUCGACGCGACAGAUCGCUGCACCACCGCAACAUUAUCGUAUAGCAUGAUCUCUACAUUAGAGAACUGGUUGGUGACCGACAUGAACGCGUCUCGGCCAAUCGUUCCCACCUUGGACACGGACAACGGAUGGUUAACCGUGGCGGCGUUCGAGGUCGAAUACGACAGCCCUUUCUGGCUGGCGCCAAUGAUCUACGCGGGAAAUCGCAUAUCCUCGUACGGUAGCAAUCUCACGUACUCGGUUACGUGGGUUGUCAUGCGAGGCGACACCAGCGGUAAACCCACCACGGAGCCCAGCGUAAUCCUAGUUGGUAACAAUGGGAUGCGCAUAGCGUAUGGCGAGGAACAGUACACUGGUCAAGAAGCUGAAAUCGUGGUGCCUCUACGAGAACACGGCUGGUAUCACGUGCGAAGCGAAGUGCAGGACAUUUCGACGAAACCGAGGUUGAGGAGAACCGAGUUUCGCGGCGAUCCUGUGACGAGGACGCAGGUGAUGCGCGUUCUCGCUGAUCUGAAGUACCUGAUGAUAAGAGCGCGAUAUCACUCGGAACAAAUUGAGGGAAGUCUCCAAUCUGCCAUAUUGAAGGUGGGCGAAUUAUCGCCGGAUGGCGAAACCGAUAGUUUAGUUGAAAUGUGCGAGUGUCCCGAAGGAUACACGGGAAUGUCCUGCGAGAGAUGCGCUUGGGGAUAUGUAAGCGUGCCGAUUAACGGUUCUAAUCAUCAGGAUCAUCAUAUAUGCGUGAAAUGCGAUUGCAAUAGCCAUGCGGGCUCUUGCGAUCUCAUGAUGGGUGAAUGUGGAAUAUGCGAGCAUCAUACAGUGGGUCCAAAAUGCGAUCGUUGCGCUAUAGGAUAUUACGGUAUUGCAACGAGAGGCACCAGCGAAGACUGUAAGAAAUGCGCUUGUCCACUUUCCAUCGAUUCCAACAAUUUCAGUCCCAGUUGUCAGCUUGACGAACCGACUGAUAUUAACAGUGGAUAUGUAUGCACGCAAUGUCCCGAAGGCUACACCGGAGAUCAUUGCGAAAGUUGUGAUGUAGGAUUCUACGGCAAUCCUAUGACGCCCGGUAGUACCUGCCAGCGGUGUCCUUGUAACGGUGGUGCCUGCGAUCAGGAAACGGGUCGUUGCUUAGAGUGCCGCGGCAAUACCGAAGGCUGGAAAUGUGACAGAUGCAAGGAGGCGCAUUUCGGGAAUCCUUUGGAACAGAAUUGCAUGCCGUGCAGCUGCUCUCCCUUCGGUAGCAAUUCGCUCCAAUGCGAGCAGACGACCGGUCAGUGUCCCUGCCGGCUUUUGUUCACCGGUCGUGACUGUUCCUCCUGCAUCGAAGGCUACGGGAACGUGACCGCAGGUUGCCGGGAAUGCGACUGCGACGUAGGUGCCACGAGCGACGGACUCUGCGAUCCCGUAAGCGGCUUGUGCAAGUGCGCGCCUGGCGUCGUCGGUUUCCGGUGCGAUCGCUGCGACGUGGACCACUACGACCUAUCGGCGAACGGUUGCAAGGGAUGUGGCUGCAAUAACUUGGGCUCCGUGAGCUCAGCCUGUGACAUCGUGUCCGGGCAAUGUCAGUGCAAACCGCAAGUUAUCGGUAGGCAGUGCGACGAAUGCAAGAUUGGUUAUUGGGGUCUGGCAACGGGGGCGGGUUGCACGACUUGCGGCUGCGAUUCCAUAGGAUCCUACAACACCUCCUGUCACAGCGAUACAGGACGAUGUUAUUGUAAGCCGGGUGUAAGUGGCUUGCAUUGUGACACUUGUCUCUCUGGGUAUUAUGGAUUUUCAUCGAACGGUUGUCAACUGUGCGAUCCGUGCGUGCGACCUGGUCACGUGUGCGACCCCGACACCGGUCGUUGCGUAUGUCCCCGGCUGACCUACGGCGAGCACUGCGACCGGUGCAGACCCGGCGCUUGGGAUCUGGUGCCACAAAUCGGCUGCAGACCCUGCGCCUGCACAUUGGGCGCCACGCGAUCCCAAUGCGAUCAUCAGGGUCAGUGUCCCUGCAGGAUCGGUUACGACGGGCUCAGGUGCGAAAGAUGCGCCAGAGGGUACUACGGUUAUCCGAGAUGCCGGCCUUGCGGCUGUAACGUCGCCGGGACGACGCAAUGCCAGGACGGUGUCUGCGAGUGCGAUGAUAAGGGACAGUGUCCCUGCAAGGAAUUGGUCGUUGGGCGACAGUGCAAUCAAUGUAGAGAAGGCACGUUCGGUCUUGCGGUGGACAACGCCAGAGGAUGCACCGAGUGCUUCUGCUUCGGAAGAAGCACACUGUGUCAACAGGCUGGACUCAGUUGGGGUCAACGCAGAUUAACACAUCCUCGAGUUCUCUACAUCAAUGAAACAGCCAGCGAUGUAACAAUAAUGACCUUUGGCUCCACGACCAUACUGCCAACGGUGAACGGUGGUUUGAAUGUGACGAAUGGCCUUUCUGUAAUUCCUGGAUCCGAGGGUGACGUUACGUUGCCGCCAAAUCUUUAUUAUAAUUAUCCUUUAUAUUGGAGAUUGCCGGAUUCUUUCCUAGGCGACAAGGUGGUCUCUUACGGAGGAUUCUUACGCUUUAAAACCUUAACGGAAGGUGGAAUACCUUUCAGAUCGAACCUUCGAUAUCCUAUUGUGCAAUUGCAAGGCAAUAAUAAGAUUGUCUUGGAAUAUUAUCUGCAUCUACCGGUGAACGAUAAUCGUUAUGAAGUCAGAUUCCACGAGUCGCUGUGGCAAUUACAAAACAGACCGGACUACAAAGUCUCCAGGGAGUUACUAAUGGUUGCAUUACAGAAUCUUCAGUAUAUCCUUGUGAAAGCCUCGGACAAUGGCGAAUUUACAAAAACCACACUCUUGGAGGCAUCCCUUGACGCCGCCGUCCUGACGCCCACGCACUCGCCACCGUUGGCGAUCGGAGUGGAAAUCUGCCAAUGCCCUUUGGAAUACAACGGCACAUCCUGCCAGGAUCCCAGCAUUGGCUUCUACAGGUGGUACAAGAACACCACUGCCACGUCCACCAUCGUGAUUGAUCUUGUCGGACAAGCCAGACGCUGCCAGUGUAAUGGGAGAUCCGAUGUGUGCGACAGAGAGACGGGAUAUUGCUUGAACUGCCAAGAAAAUACGGUUGGUGCACACUGCAAUGUUUGCGCUGACAGUUUCUACGGUCACCCGGAAUUUGGGGGCUGCAAGCCGUGUCCUUGCCCACAGGUCGACAAAAGAUUUUCAAGUACUUGCGUAAUUCGUGCAAACAAUGAACCCAUUUGUCACUGCAAGCCAGGUUACAUUGGUAGAAAAUGCGAACGUUGCGCCUACGGCUAUUACGGCUCUCCUGGUCUCCCGGAUGGCAAGUGCGUUCCGUGCGCUUGCAACUUGGCAGGAAGUUUGAGCGACACCUGCGACGGCGAGACAGGACAGUGCAAGUGCAAGUCCGGUUCUACGGGCAGGGAUUGUUCCCAGUGCACGGCAUAUCGUCACGUUUACAUAAAUGACGUUUGCACUUCGUGCAAUGACAAUUGCACAGGAAUUUUACUCGAUACCGUCGCAACGCUGUCCGACAAGUUGGCUGCAGGAACGAGUCACAUAGGAGACGGAUAUAUUCCACCUCCGUGGGAAGAAUUAACGUAUAUCGAUUCCAUCGUCACCGCACAUCUCAAAGAAUUGGAACUACAGACUCGUCUGCAGCAAAGAAUGAAGAAUGUACCUUGGCAAGAAUAUAAGAAACUUGCGGAAGAUGUUGAAGUUAUGUUAAGAAACAUGAGUAAGUGUGCAAACUAUGCCGAUACCUUGAAGAUCAAGAGUGGCGACUUGAAAAAUAAUAUUUUUACCGGAAAGAUCAUGCUUAAUAAUAUAAAAAAAGACAUAGAAGAUACGACUUUGGAACUCAAUCAAUACAGUAAUGACAACAGGAGAAUAGAAAUCAAGAAGGCCUUAAAAACGGGAAAGAUGAUCUUGAAUCAUCUGAAAUCUGUCAAUAUAGCCCAGAAAGUCGUGGUGGUGGAAAAUUUCCUUGAUGCCGUUACCAAAUACGUGGCAUGGUUAAACUCUCUUUACGACGUAACUGAGCCCUUAUCAGCCGCUCAGGACGAUGCUAAAGAUUACGAGAUAAAAUUGGAUGACAUGAGAACAGUCGUAGAAAACACCAUGGAAACGCUAUUUAGCUACGAUGGUUUGUACAAUCAUAUCAACAAGACAUUCAUUGAAACUAAGAAUCAGUGUACUCGUAUCGAAAUGUUACACGAUGGAACAAACGAAUCGAUAACCGACGGAAAGAAACUCAUUGAUGAGGCUCUCAGUUUGCUCGACGCGGGGAACAACAUUCAAGAUCAGUCGGACUGGCGAGAUAAACUGGCGAACUCAACGCAGGAACUCACUAUGAAGGAGGAACACCAAUACCAACUAAAUUACGAGUACGCCAAGAAAUAUGUGGCGCCGGCGGUGCAACACGCGAAAAAUCUGUCCAGUUACGUCGACCAGUACGUCAGCCUCUUUGCCGAGACGCGUGACAUUGCGGCGAGUCCUUUGAAAGCCAGCCAGGCCUACAAGAACAUUGUCGACGGUCUGCAAACGGCGAAAAUUACCGCGAUGGCAGCCAAGGAAAUUAUCGAAGAAGUGCAUGGAAAGGCUUUCCCCCCUUCGGGACAGAAAUCGCUACUGAACAAUGCCAAGGAAAUAUUAGACAAAUCUUCACAGCAGUGGAAAACAGCGAAAGAGCACGAUAAACUUAUCAAGAAUGCAAACACCGAAUUGGAGACUCAGAAGCAAGCUGUGCUCGUGCUGAAGAAUACAUUGAACAGCACUGGCAUAAACGACAAUGAGAUAAAUGUGAAAUUACGAGAGCUGCAGAGCAAUAGCAAAAAAUUGCAUGAGGAUCUAGUGAAUAUCUUGGAGAAGAACGACAAAGUAACGAAGUCUGCAAGUGAUACGCAACGAUUGAUCGACGAUUACAAACAUGGCAUCGCCGACAGACUGAAGCCGAAAUUACAGGAUUUAAAACGCGAAGGCGAUUCAAAGAUUAGCUUGGCUAGUGAAAAAUUGUCAGAGACAAUGAGCAAUAUUAAGACAGCCGAUGCUAAGCUGAUAAGCUUGUCCAAUGCUGUGAUGAAACGAAAAGCCGUCUUUGACAAGUGGAAUGAUACAUUAGCCACAAAAUUGCAGAAUCUCAAAGAUAAAAUUGCAGAGGCCCGAAACACCGCUGACGGGAUUCGCGUCUCUAUGAGAUCGGAGGAGGGUAAGGAAUGUAUCCGUUCGUACAGACCGACGAUGUUACAACCUUCAGCAACGACAUCGAUCGUGAUGACAUUCGCGCUUCCAACUGCGCGUAAAGAAGGUUCUCUGUUUUAUUUGCCCAGCGGAAUUAAUGAUGAUUUCGUUGCUUUAGAAAUAGUUGAUAGAAGAGUGCGAUUUUUGUGGAACGUCGGUGGUGGUACAGGUGUUUUGACGCAUCCUGAAGUUCUCGAAAGUGGCGAUUUGCAGAAUGACAGAUUUUGGUAUCGGAUCGAGGCUGAAAGAACUCGACACACAGGCAAGCUGAGCGUGCAUAGACAGACGUCGACAUCCGGAAAGUAUCUUCCCGUUAUUAAUUCGACCAACCCCGAGUACGGUCGUUUCGACGUUCUACCUGCAGAUCGAGUGUGGAUAGGAGGUAUUCCCAAAUCGCAGAGAAGGCCGACGAAAUUGAUGGCUACCAACGGACUUCCGGGCUGUAUUCAUCAGGUGAUCCUCGACGGAAGACAUAUCGGUCUCUGGAAUUUCGUUACGACCGCGCCAGAUAGGGCUUGCAAACCUUGCGUUGAAGGAGUGGAAGAUGCCAGAGAUGAUAUAGCUUACAGUUUCAACGGCGAGGGAUAUGCCGUGAGGAAAAGAGUCUCGUCUGGUCCGUACAAUAAAUAUAUGUUCGGAGUCUCAAUCAGUUUUCGGACAUAUGAUGAAAAUGCAUUGCUCUUUCUGGCCAUCAACAAAGAUAAUCAGCACAUCAUGAUCUUCCUGCGGGAAGGCAGGGUGAUCCUCCACGUCGGCUACGGUGGGAACGUCAGUAUGGAAAUGUCCUCGACAUACAAGUACAACACCGGCAAUUGGACGAAGGUGGACGCCUUUCGACAGUAUCAAGUUCGCAAGAACAUCGAGAAGUGCAGUCUGAGCAUCGGGGGCGAUAACGACAAGCGAAUCGGUGCACCCACGCCUCAACCCAAGAAGGAAGACAUUCCAGACUUGGCGCAAGCCAAGUAUUACAUCGGCGGGCUGCCGCCGAGCUUCCGCGCCGAAAAGCUGAUGUUGCCCUCGCAGGUGUCGUUCCUCGGAUGCAUGGCUAAUAUCGUAGUGCAGGAAGGCUACGAUCCAAUGGCCGAACAGUAUUACGGGGUGGAGCCCAGUUGUAAUAAUAAACCAUUGAGGAUUGUCGGAUUUUAUGGAGACGGAUAUCUCGAGCAUUCCGCAUUCACUUUGCGAAAAAUUUAUUCCGUGCUGAGUUUUUCCUUCAGAACCAUGCAAGAGGCAGCUAUGCUGCUUCUCUCCACGUUCGAGGGUCAUGAAGACAGAAUGAGUGACAACCUUAAAGAAGAAGCAAAAAGAGACAGCUAUUACUCUGUUUGCAUACUCAAUGGACAAGUGCAAGUUCGCGUGAAUGCCGGCAAAGGCGAGCUGGUUCUCCAAUCGAACAACACCUUCAACGAUGGAAGGUAUCACUCAGUCACCGUCAUUAAGAAGAGGAAAGAGAUAGAGUUGAGGAUCGAUGAUGCAUAUCAGACCGUAGGAAGAUUACCUACCAGUAUCGCGAUCAAAGCGCCCGAUUCUAACGGAGGACUCUUUUUUGGUGGACUACCAGCUCUCAUCAAUAACACCAAGAUGGUCGCUACGAAUACACCGCUUUACGGUGCUAUCAAGGAUGCAAUUUUCAAUGACGAAAUCCUUCGAUUCGACGAUGCCGUUAAUUUCGAUCACGCUUUAAUCGGUCGUCCGGGACCGAGUAUGGGAAAGGACACGCCGAGUUACGCACCCUCGGCAUCGUUGUCCCGAGGAAUGUCCACGCAACCGGAAGGAUGUCAGAAGGUGCCUUAUUAUUCGCUGGAACCGGGCGCUCUGAAAUUUGGCGACAAGCCGCACAGUCACACGCAACUCUAUCUCAAUUUUAAGAAAUUUUGGGAAAAGAAGUACACAAUAGAAUUUGACUUUAGAACGUACUAUCCCAAUGGGCUACUCUUCAUCACUCCGGGCCUGAGAUUGAAACAUUAUCUGAUGAUGGUCAUUCGAGACGGACAGCUGCUUCUGCUAAUAAAGGGCAAACCGAAAAAGGAGAUGCUGCUUAAAACGCCAUUCAACGAUGGCAAUUGGCAUCACGUCGUCAUCAGUCAUGAUGAGAGAAAACUUACUCUACUGGUAGAUACCCAAACACCACGUAUCAUUAAAGUACCGAGGAGAAUCGGUUUGGCAUCCAUGAUGUAUAUUGGUGGCCUUCCGGACGGUGGGACGCCCAUCCCAGAGAAAGUAGUUGUCAAACUGGAGACUCUAAAGGGUUGUAUUAGAGGCUUGAAAGUCAACGGAAACGUCUACGACAUGGUAGGCUCCACCAGCAGAGCCUUUAACGUCGGCCAGUGCUUCCCGAGCGUCGAGAGCGGAGCAUAUUUCCAGGACGAGGCGUACGCCGUUUAUCAGAAUAAUUUCGAGCUGGGCGCCGUGCUUGAACUCCAACUGGAAUUCAGAACGUCGGAACUGUCCGGAGUAUUGCUGUCGAUUAGCGCACCCGGUGGCUCGCCCUCUCUGUCGCUGGAGCUCAACAACGGUCGGGUGAUCAUGUCGGGCGAUCUGGGCGACCGCAAUCCAUUAUACGUAGAGCAACGAUUCGCAAGUCCUUACGCGAUCUGCGACAAUCGAUGGCAUAGAAUCCAGGCCGUGUACAAUGACGAGGAGCUGGCGCUCAAGGUGGACGAGCUGGAUCAGAAAUACGGUCUGCCCACAAACGUCAAUUAUCAUUUCAUGAGCUCUACCGCCUCCGGCCCGUUAUAUAUAGGCGGUAUACCAGCAUCCGCUCAGAAAGGCUCGUUGAUAACGCGGGACCACUUCAAUGGAUGCAUCAGGAAUGUGAUGAUAGGAGGGGAGAGACGAGACUGGACGGACAUGGCCGAGCUGCACAACAUUCAUCUGAGCUCUUGCCCGGUUCAAUGAUAGCGAAACGUGAAAACACAGAGACAAUUGCCUCGACGAUCAGCAUUUUUUUUUUUAUAUAUAAUUCCAAAGACUGCUCGAGGAGUUCGCGGUCGCACCGGGAUUAACGUGCCAUAUAUUCGCAGACGACGAUUUCUUUAAGACGUAAGACUUUAAUAAAGCCAAAAGAUGCUAAAUCGUUUCGUUAGGCUAAAGAUUGUAACUUAAAGGAAAAAAAAGAAGAGAGAGAAAGAAACCGUACGCGUCGGUCUCGCCACAGAUGUAAAUGAUGGCACGUACGAGCAAUUUUGUCGUAUGUACGCGUGCGAAACGCGUAGGUAUUUACGCGCAAAUAGCGAGAAAAAAGCCACUGCCAUAUAGUUUAAUUACUCGUCGCAAAACAAUUUGUGUACAUCAGUAUUUAAAAGCCAUUAUUUAUUAUUGUUAACGUAGAUCCAAUCUCGUGAUCGUCGCGUCGACGAUAGAGUAAAACGCGAAUUAUACGUUUUAUACUUUUAUAGCAAAUAGAUUCUUCGUAUGGAGCUCGAUAUGUACAUUGUGGGAAAUCGAUCUUAGAUCUAAAGAUUUCGAAGAAAAAAAAAAAACGUACAAGUGCCCUGUAAAAAUAAGAGAAGUGUCCUUUAAUCAUGCACACAGAGUGAGAGAUAUGUUCGAAGAACAUGAUGAAUAUUUUUAAUAUUUAAUAUUCUCUCUCUCGAUACACCCACACAUUCUCACGUUGAACUGUAAUAUAUUAUACAUAUGCAAAAAUGAAAUUAACAAAUGGCGCAUCCGUUAUUAUGUAUAAAAUAUAUAUAUAUAUAUAUAUAUAUAUACGCACACACACAAGAGAACUACGGCUGUCAUCUGUACUUUGUUCUAAAAUCUCUACAGACUUUUCGAAAGUCAUAAACAUUAUAAAAAAACUUGGUACAAUUUCAUCUUUUUUUUCAAAACAAAGAUUAAACACCAAAAGUUAAAGAAUUAUGAUUUAAAAAGAGAGGAAGACAAAAGAUAAAAUCUUAUGAUUUUUAGCUAUUCAUUUUGUUUAAAUAGGAAUUUGAAUAAAAUUGCACUCUUACAGAUAUGUAUUAAAACUUUUCGCCAAAACAAAACAAAAAGUACAAACAUGCAAUUUAAGUUUGAAUUAAUGAUUAAGAUCAGCUUUGCCCUGCUUCGCAGAAGAAUAAAGAGUCUAUUACAUGACACAUGCACAUACACAUAAGUGGGUUAUUAAAUUUUAUUUAGAUGACAUUCGCUGCGAAGAGAUGCUAACAGUAAAUUAUGACCCAAAUCUUACAUGAUGUACUGAAUAAAUAUACAUAUCGUCGAGUAGGUAGGUAUACGUUUCGUUUUUUUAUAUGUAUAUAAAAACAUAAUAUAUUUACAGACACGCGCGUGCGGCGCGGAUAUAGGAGAACUGAUUCGCCUUGACGUGUUGAAAUUUCUUGCGACAAUAAAAAUCGGCAAUUAUAUAUAUAUUUACGUAACGAUAUAAUUGUUUAUUAUUAUUAUUAGUAAGCGCGAUUAAAUCACGGCGUACAAAUUUCCGUCGCGCCGCAAUUUUUGCAAUUGUGUCUCUCUCUCUCUCUGCCUUCCUUCGUCCCCUUUUUCGUCUUCGUUCAAUUAUCCCAUCUGUCUCUAGCGCCACGUUUUUUUUUCCAUCAGCUCACUAAUAAUAUCUAUUUUUCGAAAAAUAAUAUUAAGCAUAAAAGAGCGAUCAUUGAGAAAUCUCUCGUAACGUCGUAACUUUGUAUGUAAUCAAUCCCAUCUCCAUAAGCCAUUAUUUUCAUUGGCUCUUAAAGAUUAGUGACUAUAUAUAUAUAUAUAUUUGUUUAUCGCAAUCAUAUCUAUCUCUUUCUCUCUCUCCUCAAACAUCAUCACCACAUGGACUUACCGCAAUUUACACUCCAUUUCAAAAAGAUCUUAUUCUUUUUCUUCUUUUUUAUGGCGCGUACCUCACGUUCGAUAUUGUCAGGUCGGACUGUUUCUGAAUCUAAGAUUCUCUAUCUGAUAAUUCUCUUUCUCUCGCUUCAUAAUAUUCGGGUAGAUUUACAAUAGACAGGAAUAUAAGAGCAGUGAACUUCUUUCUCGGUUACUGUAAUCUCGACGGAGUUUAAUCUCAUAAAUCCCUCGUGUUACACGAUGAUUAAAAAGUGGGACGAAUAAAGCCAGAUUGACUGGCAUCCCAUACGAAUUGAAAAUACAUACUCUUCAACAUCGAAAUUCGA